AUGUCAGAAUUACUAGAUAACUUCGAGAUGGAGUUUUCCAAAUUUUAUACCGACAGCAGUCUAGAGGAGACGAACCUUCAAAAAUGUCUCAACCAUACUCAUGAGUUCAAGAGCCAACUAAAGAAGCUGAAAGCUCACUUAAGCAAGCAUAUUCGAGAAUCAGAUCCAGAAACCUACAAUAAUUUGAAUGAGAAGGAGAAACAAAAGUUUAAGAGGAAAAGGGAACUCAUCAUUGAGAAAUUAAACAAGUCGCAAAGACAAUGGGAUCAUUCGGUAAAGAAACAAAUAAAGCAUGUUUCUCAGCAAUCAAAUCGAUUUCAUAAAACGAUUUUAAACAAAUUAAAAGAGUUUGAUAUAGAUAGCGUGUACGUUAAUACAUUACCCAAGGAAACAAUGGAAAAUGUUAAUGAGGCUAUUGGCUAUCAUAUAUUGAGAUAUAGCAUAGAUAACAUGCCGCUAGAAAAUAAGAACGAGACCUUUCGGUAUUUGAAAGAUGUAUAUGGAAUUAACAAUAAAGAAUCCACUGAAUUUAUUGAGAUGGGCCAAAUUGUACAUGAUCUGAAAAAGGGUGACACAGAAAGUUGUCUAAAAUGGUGCACCAACGAAUUGGACAGCCCAUCAUCUAAUCAUGCAGCUUUAUCUUCGUUGAAAUUCGAUUUAUAUACUUUGUCUGCAAUGCAGGUAGUGAUGUGUGGAAAUCCUGUCGAGGUAUACCACAAAAUUACACAGGAUGCGCCCUUGGAUUGCUUCCGACACAGGGAAAAGGAAUUGAUGAAGAAUGUCGUACCAUUGCUAACUAAAUCGCUUAUAGGCCAGCCCAUUGAAGAUAUUGAUUCUAGAGUGAAUAAAGAAUUAAAAGACUGUAUAUCUUUAUUCGUUAAAGAAUACUGUGCUGCAAAACAUAUUUUCUUUGAUUCACCUUUGUUUUUAAUAGUACUAAGUGGGUUGAUUUCUUUUCAAUUUUUCAUCAAAUAUAAAACCAUCAGGGAGCUAGCACAUGUUGACUGGACCACGAAAGAUGAGUUGCCAUUUGAUGUCAAUCUUCCAGGCUUCCUGACCCAUUUCCACCCGAUUUUUAUAUGUCCAGUACUGAAGGAGGAAACCACGACCGAAAACCCUCCUUAUUCAUUGGCAUGCCAUCAUAUCAUUUCUAAAAAAGCGUUAGACAGAUUGUCAAAGAAUGGGACAAUUACUUUCAAGUGCCCAUAUUGUCCGGUAAAUACCUCGAUGAGCAGCACAAAAAAGGUGCGUUUUGUAAUGCUUUAA